AUGGUCAUUAAGUCAAAAAUAGCUGACGAACACACAACCGCACUUGAGAAGUUCUUCCUUAGACUUCGAAAGUACAAUUUGAAGCUCAACCCGGCAAAAUGCCUGUUUGGAGCUACAUACGGAGUAUUUCUAGGGCAUAUGGUCAGCCAGAAGGGCAUAGAGAUUGACCCUUCAAAAUCCAAAGCCAUUUUGGGAAUGCCAGUACCAAGGACGGAAAAAGAAGUUCGGGGUUUCCUGGGAAGGCUACAGUACAAAGAAGUUCGGGGUUUCCUGGGGAGGCUACAGUACAUCAGCCGAUUCAUCAAUCAAUUGGCCGAUACUUGCGGCCCGAUUUUCAAAUUGCUCAAAAAAGGAGUGGCCGUCAAAUGGAAUGAGGAUUGUCAGAAAGCUUUUGACCAAGUCAAACAGUAUCUGUUAUCCCCGCCAAUUUUACAGCCACCAAGGCUAGGAAAGCCUUUGCGGUUGUACCUAUCAGUGACAGAAGAAGCGAUGGGUGCGAUGCUAGCUCAACAAGCAGAAGAUACAAGGGUCAGUGAAAGGCAAGGGAGCCUUUUGGAGUACUGGUUGAGGUUGAUGUUUCGCGUGUGCUGUGUAGAGGUACCGGGGGGGAGGGAGGAGAAGAGUGGGGCUGAUCAACUAGCAGAGAUUACGGUCGAAGCUAGACCAAAGGGUGACAAGCAAUGGCCGGAGGUAGAAGAAGCAUUUCCUGAUCGAACGAUUGGUGAACCUGGAAGUGAAGUUCUUGUGGCAAACGUAACUUCGAUGGGAGCUUCGAACUAUCCAUGGAAUUGGUGUUGGAGUCGUAAUUCAUCAAACACUCUUGUGGAGAAUACGUCCGAGAGCGGAAAGUUGAUAAUAGCGAUGCGCAUUGCGUCAAAUUAG